ACAAACAAGCAGAACAUAAAGAUUGACACACUUCCAUCGCUGCUGCUUUACUCUCUUCACUGGGGUCGUGGUACCCAAGACCAAGAGUAGUUGACCGCUCAUUGCCAUUGUCGUCCUCCCCAGCCGGCUCUUGGAUUAAUCUCCUCGGUUUUGGAGUUUAUAAAUCGUUGGUCUGGUCACUGCCUACCCAAUCGCACGUAAUCAACUUACAAGUUUCAACCUCUCGAAUUGGUUUCCUCCAACCCUUCUCUUCUUUUUCUUUCAGCCGUAUCAGUGAGCUCAUUGCAGUUUCAGGUUAAGCGAAAGCUGCAGCCUCAAGUCUCAACUUAAUUCUGCUGCUCAAUUUUCAUGCCUGAAGCUUUGGACCUGUGUAAUUAUGCUGAAAGCAGGCCGGGACACACUCAAACCAGGUGUAUCUCGGUUACUCAAGCUAUGUAUAAAUACAAAUUUAUCUAAAAGGGAAAUUCAGUCGGUUUCCUAAAAAGCUGCACUUGAUGCAUUGCCCACCCAAAUACACAUAUCCGGAGAAGUUUCAAUAACAAGCCUUGUUGCAAUUCGGCACCAGAAGGGGGAAAAUGUUGAUAGUCUCGAAAACUACCAUAUAAAGAUUAUUUUUCGGACGUCAACAUACCAUUCAAAAGGCGACAAAAAUCCUGCAACUUGGCCUCGUCCCAGCUGGCUCUUGGUUUUCCUCGCCGCAACUUAAUUCAUGCCAUCAGAUUUGGACUUAUGUACUCAUCAUGCUGCAAGACGGCAGGGACAACUCUAACCAGGUUGCCAUCUUUGACAUCAUCAUCUAUAUUGGAUAUAUAACAUUAGUAUUGUACAAUAAAACAAUGAACAUUGCACGGAAACUAUCCAUUUCUUUCUAAGAAGCGGAUGAGUGCGAGCGCAUUACAACUUUUCAAGAUCAUCCAAACAAAUUAAAGUAGCCUUGUGGUCACUAUUCAUGGCUGCACGUUCAGUGAUCAAGUACGCAAUUAUCUCGGUUUGUUUUGCAUCCUUGUGGACUUGUCAUGAUGCAAUAGACACACUGAAACCAGGGGACACUCUCAACUCCACAGGCUCCCUACUUUCGGCAUCUGGAUCGUUCACUAUGAAGUUUGUUGAACUUGGUGGUUCCGAUAACAUUCUUCUUGCUAUCCUGCGUGUUAGAAGUAAAGUAAACAGGGCAUGGAUUGCCAACCGAGACACACCUUUUUCAUCCACUUCAUCCCCACUUCUUACGUUGGACUUCAAUAACGUGUUGAAAAUUACCCGCCAAGAUGGAGAUCCUGUUGUCCUUUCAGCCGCUCCAUAUAUUAAUGACACUAGUAUUAGUGUUGUGGCUACCCUUUUGGAUUCCGGCAAUUUUGUACUACAAGAAGUGAACUCCGCCAGCGGAUCAACGAUCCGUAUUUGGUGGCAAAGUUUUGAUUAUCCAUUGGACACAUUUUUACCGGGCAUGAAAUUGGGUGUUGAUCGUAGAAAUGGCUUCUAUUGGUCUCUUUCAUCAUGGGGAUCUGCAAACAACCCCAUGCCACCAGGGCCUUACAGCCUUUUUUGGGACACCAAUGGACACCAACUGAAUAUAAAGCGAAAUGAUGUUGUGUAUUGGACUAGCGGGGUGUUUGCAGAUGGGAGAUUUGAAUUUAUUUUCCCUGAUGUGUCCAAGCAAAGGUACAAUUUUAGCAUUGUUUCAAAUCAAGAUGAAGACUACCUCACUUAUACUAGUCGAAAUGAUCCUAGUGAUCCUGAGCCAGAAUGGGUGCUAUUCACCAGGGGGGCACUUUUUGAGUUUGGCGCAUCAGUUGCCAUCAUAGAAGCGCAGACCUGUGAUGGUUAUAAUGUCAUCGGAGGGUGCGUGAGGAGGGACAGGCCAAGUGGUUGUAUUGGGGAAGCUGGUGAUGAUUUUCAACUGAAAAAGGGUUACUUCAAGGUAAUCAACUCUAGUACUUCGAGACCCCCCAACUGGAUUGGUAGUGGUAGUGAGGAUUGUAAGGUUACUUGUUGGCAAGAUUGUGACUGCCUUGGAUUCGACUUUCCAUCUGGUAAUCCGACUACUGGUGCAGGAUGCCGAUUUUGGAGCGUGGACUGUGGAUUCAUUGAAGACUUUACUGCAAAUACUAGUUUUGUUUUGCCGUCAGCAACGCAACUACCACAAUCACCGGAUUCACCACCUGUGGGAAAGAUUGUACUAUCACUAUAUGCAGCACACAAAUGGUUCUGGAUUGGCAUUUCUAUUGGCGCUGCAUUACUAGUAAUGGGGUUCUGCUUCUUGGGCUUUCGCCUGAGAAGAAUAUAUAUGGUUUCAGCAGGGAAGAACUGGACAACUAUUCGAAGAAAAUUGCUUAACUUCAUGGAAUCGAAGAGACCUAUAGGUCAUGUUGUUGGGAAUCAAAAUGAUCAGGAAAAUAUGAGAUACCCUAAUUUAAGCGUAUUUACCUAUGGAUCGGUCUUGGAAGCCACAAGAAACUUCUCUGAAGAAAACAAGCUUGGACAAGGGGGCUUUGGACCUGUUUAUUGGGGAAAAUUGACGACGGGACAAGAAGUAGCUGUGAAGAGGCUUUCAAGAUGUUCAGGCCAAGGCACAGAGGAGUUUAAGAAUGAAUUGAUACUCAUCUAUGAACUCCAACACACCAACCUUGUUCGACUGUUUGGAUUUUGUAUUCACGAACACGAGAGGAUGUUAAUAUACGAGUACAUGCCAAACAAAAGCUUGGACUACUUUUUAUUUGAUUCCAUCAGACGUCGGCAACUAGAUUGGAAAAGCCGUUUCAAUAUAAUUGAAGGAAUCACUCAAGGAAUGCUUUACUUGCACAAAUACUCGAGAACAAAAGUGAUUCAUAGAGAUUUGAAAGCGGGUAACAUACUACUUGACAAAAAUAUGAACCCCAAAAUUGCAGAUUUUGGUAUGGCAAGGAUUUUCACUCAGGAGCUUCAAGCAAAUACGAUGAGAAUUGUCGGGACACAUGGUUAUAUGCCUCCAGAAUAUGUCAUGGGAGGACACUUUUCUGUAAAAUCUGAUGUCUACAGCUAUGGAGUGUUAAUGCUUGAAAUUAUCAGUGGUAGGAAAAACAACAGCUUCUGCAAUGAAGAUCGUGUGCUCAACUUAGUAGGACAUGCCUGGGAGUUAUGGAAAGAAGAUCGAGGGAAAGAACUAAUGGAUCCAACACUAGUUGAAACAUGUAUUAGUCAUCAAGUUUUAAGAUGCGUCCAAGUAGGUCUACUGUGUGUGGAGGAAAAAGCAGCUGAUCGGCCAACCAUGCCAGAGCUGAUAUUCAUGUUAACAAACGAAAGCAUGCGGUUACCUGAACCAAAAAAACCAGCAUUUUAUUACGCAGAGAGAAAUGUGGGUAAUGCUGAUAUAGAUAGAAGGGGACCACCACUGGAUAUAAACGGGUUGUCCAUUUCCGAAUUCAUUGGACGUUGAAGGUAUUGAUUGUAUCUGUUGUGCCUUACCAAUACUGCAACAAAGCUUGUUUUUGGAUGGCAAGAAAACGCAACUGUAAUUUUAUGGGUAGCCUUCUUCUUAAAAGUACGAGACCAUAUACAGUAAUAAAUCUUUUAUGCAAUUUCGAAGUUUUAUAUGCAAUUAAUGGCGAUAUACAAUGUACAAACGUCUCAAGAAUAACAAUGUUGGAGUGGAUUUAGAAUUUUUUAUUAGAAAAAAUAGUAUUCGGUCCGUAACUACUAGUAUUCAUUGGCUCUAGGGUUCCCUAGGAGAGAAUAUUAAAACAGUCGCUCGGCGACAAUUCCUAUUUCUAUUCCGACGACGGCAUAAAGGGUUUCUUGGUUACAAGUUCUCUGGUGUGGAUAGUUUCGCUGUAUGGUUUUUACGGAGGUGCGAGUUGCGGCGGCGCUUGUGUGGAAUUUGGGCAAAAGGCUAUUUAGUUUGGUUUGGUUUUCAAUGGAGGACAUGGUAUCUAGCUUUUCGAAACGAUUGGCCCUCAUAGAGGAGGAGCAAUAGGUUGUGGUAGUUGAUAAGACAGAAGGUGUGCUAUUGAUGACAACUAGGGUUUUCCUGGUUGGAAAAAUAUUAAUGAGGAGAACGUUGAAUACUGAGAGAUUCAAAAGACAGAUGCAGUUUAUUUGGCGGCCUA